AUGCAGGCAACAACUCAAUUGCCAGUUGAUCCGCCCCAGUAUGUUAGUAAUCCAAAUGCAUUGCAGCCGACAGCUAAAGUAUACAGAUUGCCUGAAGAAGUGCGCCACAAAUCUUACUCCCUCGGGGUCAUUCUAAGCGUCUUUGGCUCAGUAACAAUGAUCAUCAGUAUCCUCGGUUUCGCUCUUACCUCCAGAUACACAAUCCUAUACGCUAGCGGUGUAAAUCUAUGGACAGGAUUAUUUUAUUUGCUAUCUGGAGUGUUUGGGAUCCUAACCUACAAGAUUCCAAUUAAUCCUCACUUGAUGCAUAAUUAUUAUGCCUUUUCGUUUUUGGCCUUUUUAUCCUCCUUUAUUCAGCUCCUAUUCGCUAUUCUUACCAUUACAGGAUACUACGGACUCGGAAUAGCUCUAUCAAUGGCUGCCAUUAUCAUACUAUCACAUAACAUCUAUUGCAAAGGCUGUUGUUAUAUAACCGGCGAUUCUACCUCACAUCUUCCUGUACAGGGUCAAACAGUUCACGUCGUACAACCGACCGUACAGCCUGCUACGCAAAAUCAAGCCGUCGUUCAGUCUCCUAGCUUGCCUACUUAUGGUGCUAUUCAAUAUACUGCAGGCAUUAUGCAACAGCCCGCUAUCGCUAAUAAUAAUACUGGUACAGAGGGCCAACAACAAUACCAGCCAUCAUCUAGUAAAGAAGAAGAGGCUUUAAAUAAUGAUAGCUCCAUUAAGACAUUGCCAGCAUCCAAGUCAUAGACUACCAGCAAACGAUUUACUCGGAAGUAAUAAAAUUUGGUACUAGUAUACCCGUUAUAAAUAGGCUUACAAGAUAUGAUAUUGCAAUUUAAAUCUAAUGUAACGUACUAGAUCGUCGAUUCGAUCAGACAGUAUAAUAGUUUGCGACGGCAUAAAAGCAAACUAUUCUACUUGGACUAAUUGUAUUUAAAAGUUGGCUAAUGAAAUUAUGAAUAAUAUCAGCGUAAAUUAUAUUAUUAUUUCGUGCAAACUUAUUAAUGUAAUGAAAUCCUUCAUGAUUGCGUUCCUUUGAUCAAGAAAGAUUUUAGAAUUAAUAUUUUCAUAAUAAUUACAAACAUAUCCUGAUGCGAAGUCGAUCAUUUUGCAAAAUGACCGCAACAAGUUCUCUCCUGUACAUUUCGAAAAUAAAAUGAUGGAUAUCACUAUACUUCGAACCUUUUAUUAAUCUCAUCUGCUAAUCCAUUC